CGGAAAUGAUCAAUGAUCAAAACAAGCGUUUGAAAAGUAUUAAUUGUUUCGAACAAACGAUUCCGGAUCGAUUGACGUCUGAAAGAGUUUUAUUUCGUGUUUCGUUUUUGUUUAGUUUUUUCGUCCAAAAAUAUUGUUGUAUAAACAUUAUAAUUAAUCAAACAUUCACGUACUAACGACCAACAAUCGUAACAAUUUAAAAAAUAAAAACGAAAGUCAAAAUCAAGCGGACGGUUUCAUAUAGUUGACUAUCGGAAUUACACAUCUCAUAAAGUAGUAACAAAAAACGGGUUCACAUGAGUUAUUGCUUUUUUUUUUUAUUUUAAGUUUCUGUUGAUUUUUUUAGUGUUUGCUUCUUUGUUGACGUACAGCAUUAUCCUUAUUUUGGUCGUUGAAGCUGUCUUUCUUGAUUACAAGUUCUGUGCCAAAUGUAUCCGAUGAGUCUUAACAUUGUCGAUUUUUCAAACGUAUUAAUUAACGUGUGAGCCCGAUCAAUUUCACCGAUCUCGAAUUCUAACCUUAUAGAAAGUCGCUUAGCGUUUACUUUCACACGAAUGAUGGGGAAAUUAGCCCAAAUAAAAUGGCCUCAAGAAUAUUCGGAACUUCAGAGAAUAGAAGAAUUACUACUUUGCGGCAUUUGCUACGAGUACAUGGACACAUCUGUGAUGACGCCUUGUUCCCACAACUAUUGUUCGUUGUGCAUCAGAAAAUAUUUACACUUCAAAACUCAAUGUCCGGCAUGCUUUGAGAAAACGUUCGAGAAGGAUUUGCACACAAACAGAAUAUUGGAUGAAAUUGUGACUUACUUUGGUAAAGUCCGGGAAAAACUUGCAUCCUGCAUUACUGAUGCAAGAAUAGUAGCUGUGUACGAAGAUGCCAACCAGGAAGAUUCGGUAGCAUCUACACCGGUCAGACCGGCAAGAACGAAUCAAUGUCUGAAAAAAGUUUCACCAAAAAUCGAGCCAGAAAAAGUUCAAGUGUUCGGAGAUUCACCCAAAAUUGAACCACAGCGAGUUCGCGUGUUUGAAAAUUCCCCCAGAAUUGAGCUCCAACAGGGUCACAUGUUUGGAAAUUCACCAAAAACCGCACUGGUACAAGUUCGAACUAUGGAAAAUUCACCCAGAGCUGAAAAAGUUCAAACGUUUGUUGCUGUGCAACAAAAAAUCACUUCCAGUCCAAGCACAAGUAGCGGAACAAAAAUUGCAAAAAUUUUCACUCCAAAAAGCAGAAAAAGAUUGGUUCCUGUUGUCACAAACGGAAAAUCUGUUCCUUGUCCGGUGUGUGCCGUUGAAGUCCCAGAAGCGCAUAUCAACAGACAUUUGGAUGAUUGUUUGAAGAGGGAAACUAUCGGGCAGAAAGUAGCAAAAAUCGAGCCAAAACGUAAGCCACUGCCAAAGUUGGUAGUCAGCUUAAUGAAAGACGCAGAAUUGCGAAAAAAAGUAAAGGAGCUAGGUUUACCAACGCAGGGUGACAGAAAAACAUUAGAGGCGCGUUUUCAUCGAUAUUUGACACUGUACAAUGCUGAGUGCGACAAAAAAGAGCCAAGGGCAAUUGAAGCACUGGUGAAGCAAUGUGAAUACGACGAGAACUUGGAGAAGAAAAUGUUGAAAAUGUCCCAGGUUCCAAAUAGGUUGGGAGUCACAAGAAGUUGUGAACAAAACACGAUUGAAGAGGCACAAAAAAAAUAUUUGGAAACGAAUCGCCAAAAUUUUAACGAUUUAAUAGCAUCCAUAAGGGAACGUGAAAGUAAGAAGCGACCAGUUAGAAGAUCCCUGAUAUCGAAACCAGAGAUUGAAAGUCAAGAAGCUCGGUCAGAAGUGCAACCAGCUGAAAGCAAUGAAACUGUUGAAACAUCGAGCGCGAUCGAGGAUGAUCCGAUGUACUAUUCGAUCCAUGCUCACGAAGCGACGUUUUAUGAUUCGGACUCUGAAUCCUCGUGUCCAUUGCAGCAUUACACAAGCGACGAUACUGUUAAUUUUCACUCUUUUGAAAUGGCAGUUUCAGAGAGCAGUCCUGAAAAAAACGUGACUUCGGGUCAAUCGUGCUCCCGAACUUUUGAAGAGAAUAAAAAUCAAUCGCAAGAAUAUCCGAGUCCGGAAGAAAAAGACGAACCGGACAAGAGUAUUUAUUCCGCUACUACAGACAACGAAACGAGCGAUGAAGAUUACAUUCCACCUAGUCCGAACACCACUAUUUCUCACACCACAAAACGCGCCAAAUUUUCACUCCGAGCUAGUAAUCAAGAGACAAACAAUUUUAUUCAAUCGAACGACCAAGAGAAGGAUAUUUUAGCAGGACACAAAUUGGCUAUGUCGAUUGUUCAGGAUUUUACUUAUGACUCGUCGAGCAACGAUGCUACACACGAUGGUGUUGAGACUGAAACAAAAAUACUGCAGGAUUCGGUAACAAAAAAUGGAGACAUUGAAAAAGAGGGAAGAUCGAAAAGCGAGAAAGAGAAUCAGGAGUCAUCGAUCGAGACGUCGUGCGAUAAAGGAGUCAAUCGACCUCUGAGAAAAAGAAAGUGUCUCCGUUUUCCAAACGUCGAUAACGUGGAAAAGCCGACAUUGCAUGGGCAAAAACAGAUUAGUAAAACGAAAAUGGUGACAUCGAUGUCGACUAUUUUUAAGGAAGAAUCAGAAAAGGUUAAGGAAGAGGAACAAAGUUCAUCACGACCUUCCCGAGUGGACAGCCCGUUAAAACGUCGAAGACGACGCAAAGCAGUGCCGGAAGAGAUCGGAACGGUUGAUCCGCCGAGACGACCUCUUCGCAAACGUCUCGUAAACUCAACGACUGCUACUAACGCUAAAAAUUGAUCACAUUUUCCAUCUCAAUUAUGUCCGUCCUGCUCUGCUAUUUUUGUGCCUUAAAACUAUGUACACGUAUUUUUGUAAUUCCCAUUGUCAAAAUUCAUUCAAAUGUUUGAGUGAGAAUUGACGUACUUUUUUCUUUUCACUUCUUUCUUCUUUUAUUUAUACCAAAGAGAAACAGUCUUACUCUGUGUAAAUAAAUGUAUUGUUAGUAGUUUUUUUACGAAGAAAAUAAAUGAAUGUAGCUUAAACGAAA